UUCGUUUGUCAAUCAAUCCAGUAUUAUGACUUUUUUGUGAUGUUUAUUUUCAUGAGUUUUCGUGCAUAUUUCCGAAAUUUUAACUAGUUUUGAGUUAGAAUAACGUGUAAUGAAUACGAUAAAAGUUCAUCUUGUGCCAUCACCUUUAAAAAUUAAGUAAAUUCACAAACGUGAGCUGGUGAUAACCAAUUAAUUGCGUUGUAUAUUGAAAACACUGCAGUCACAUGAAUCUGGACAAUUUAGACAAAGCCUUACACGACUUGGGCAUGUUGAGUGCAAUAACAGAGGCACGGCGCGAGUAUCUGCGCGAGUCCAAGUCCAACUUGAACGUGAUGCGGCUGAACACGCGCUACGUGUCCAACGUCACCGUGGGCUAUUGCAUGAAGAGGACCACAACCAAGAACAGGCUGUGUCCGUACGUGCUUCCCAUGAGGCACCGCACCAAGAGCGAGAACUCUGAAGCCGUCAGUGCGGAACCGGGCGACGCCGCCUGCGAGUUCAAGAGCAGUAUAUACGAGCCAUCCACGAGCAGCUGCACGCGAGAGCCGCUCGACAUCAAGUGUCCGGCGAAGCGCUGCCAGUCGCUCGAGAACCUCAACCUAGCCGUCGAACCCCCACCAGGGCCCGAGAUCUCUCCAGAAAUGGACUGCGUGUCUACACGUAUACAGAAGCUGCAAGUCGAUGAAUGACGAAGCCACCGCCUGCCCAACAUCACCGAAUGUAGUGCAGUGAUGCGAGCGCCCCCAGCAGAUACCGCAGGACUGGGGCAGUAGUAUUGAAGUGAAUGGAUGUUGACAUAUUUUUCAAUGUAUUUGUACCAAUGAUAAUGCGGUGUAAGUGUAGAGACGUUGUGUCAUGUUCCUAGCUCCUCGGUGUAGUUAAUUUUGCAUGUAGCCCGCGUCAGUGAAUGAAAGUAAUCUCAGGUCACGUCUUUAAGCAUUCAAUGUUGCUCAAAAUUGUUCAAUGGGUACAAAUUGUGAGAAUACUAGAAAAUUUUAUUUUGUAUUCAUAUUUAGGUAAUUCCAAGAAGUCACAUAAUUUAUUGUAGUUCUUGAUUGUAUGAUUACCACCUAAGGGUUUGUUAAGAACAAUAUAAUUUUGUUUUCUCUAAGUCACAGGAUGCACUUUUGAAUUUGUUUAAAUAUUUAUUACAAUUGAAACUCGUGUGUUGAAAUGAGAGGUGGAGAUAACAUAAAAUUUUAUUGUUUACACCUAAUAAUAAUUAACAUCUUCUCAUUGAUAAAAGACUGUGUAGAUCUCAUUUCAUAAUCUUUCAUUCAUUUAACAUUUCCUUGUAAUUUAAGUUUUAACUUGGGUGAUUGUAACUCUUUCAAAUACAUCCUUAUUAUAAGUAUAUUUAUUGCGUACCGUGUUUUUGUCACAUAGUUACCAGUCAUUUCUAGAUCAUGAUAAUUCAAAUCAUAAACAAUGAUCAUUUUUAAAAUGAAAAUACAUUGUUUGUGCCUCCCAUAACCAGCCUUUGUGACUUAGAUAUAGAUACUUAUGUUUGUUAACAUAUUUUGUUAUUUUUAAUUAUUUAGUAUAACAAAUAUUAAAAUAAAUAUUGCUUUGAGUAUUUA